CCAUUUGUUCUCUCCGUUGAAUGGCGCUUCGGCUGGUGACGUGCGCUGGCCUCGGCGUUGUCGACGCACUCUCGCUCGCUGUGCCCGUCCGCGUGCUGCUCGCCUCAAAGACAGUCCAGACGAGCGCCAUCAAGUGCGUCGUGCUCAACGGCAUUCUGUUCAUGGGCAGCCUGUUCAUGUUCGCCUUCAUCAUCAGACCAUUACUUGGUCUCGUGCUACCGUCGUCGUCAAGCGCGGAAACAGACGGCGAUGCGAAACGAAUUCAAGACACAAUCACCUACUUUGACUUUGCAUUGACCGCCAUUUACCAUCUGUUCUGGGUCUACCCGAUCUACUGCCUGAGCUUCAUUCUCAACAGUAUUUGGUAUCAGGAUAUUGCCGAUGCAGCAUAUGCUCAUCAAGUGGGCAAGCCAACAGCUGUACGAACAGAAGGAAAAUCCAUCGUUACGCUGAUCAGCCAACGUGUUGGCGACGAGAUCUACCGUUCCAUUAUGCAGCUGGUCAUGGUGGUUCAAAUCGCCAUGAUUCAUUUCAUUCCGCUGAUUGGUCCAUAUGCGAGUUUCCUGCUCAUGGCGUGGCUCUACUCCAUGUACUGCUUUGAGUACAAAUGGAUCAAUGAGGGUCAAUCUCUGGACCAACGAGUGGCGUACUUUGAGGAGCACUGGGCGUAUCUCGCAGGAUUUGGUACUCCAUUCGCCGCCCUCACCUUCUUCUUUCCCCAGUUCAUUGGCGCGGGGCUGUUUGCCCUUGCCUUCCCGGGAUUCAUCAUCAUGGCCAACUCGGCCUCGCCAGUCAAGCCGCUGCCCGAGGAGGCUCCCGCCCUCCGUCGGAUUCCAAUGCUCUAUGUCGGCAAGCAGGUCACUGCCUGGCUGAUUUACAACCACUUUUUCUUCCCUCGCCGCGGAGGCAGCCAGCAACCUCGACGAUAGGAGCCCCUCGUUUCUCUAUCAUCUAUCAAACACCCCCCAAACUCAUUUCCUAACCAAUAUACCAAAUCCAAUAAUUACC